AUGCGUCGUCUUUCUUUAUUAAAACAACCAUUAUUAUCAGUUGUUAAUGAUCAUCUUAUUGAUUAUCCAACACCAAGUAAUUUAAGUUACUGGUGGGGUUUUGGUUCACUCGCAGGUAUUUGUUUAAUUGUCCAAAUUCUUACAGGAAUUUUUCUUGCGAUGCACUAUACACCUCAUGUAGACUUAGCUUUUGUAAGUGUUGAACAUAUUAUGCGAGAUGUUAACGGUGGAUGGUUUUUACGUUACAUGCAUGCAAAUGGUGCAAGUAUGUUCUUUAUUGUAGUAUACCUUCACCUUUUCCGUGGUUUAUAUUUUGGAAGUUAUGCGAGUCCACGUGAACUUGUUUGGAUUGUAGGAGUUGUAAUUCUACUACUUAUGAUUUUAACUGCAUUUAUUGGAUAUGUACUUCCUUGGGGACAAAUGUCUUUUUGGGGUGCUACAGUUAUUACCUCAUUAGCUUCGGCUAUUCCAGUAGUUGGUAUGGAUAUUACAUAUUGGUUAUGGGGUGGUUUCAGUGUCGAUAAUGCAACACUAAAUCGUUUUUUUAGUUUACACUACUUACUUCCUUUCAUUAUUGCUGGUGCGAGUAUUGUUCAUAUUGCAGCUUUACAUCAAUAUGGGUCAAAUAACCCUUUAGGUUGCUUAGCUGUAGUGGAUAAAGUAUCCUUUUACCCUUAUUUCUUUUUAAAAGAUUUAGUUGGAUGGGUAAUCUUUGCAUUAUUUUUUUCUUUCUUCAUCUAUUUUGCACCAAACGCAUUAGGACAUCCUGACAAUUAUAUUCCUGCUAAUCCUAUGUCUACACCAGCACAUAUUGUACCUGAGUGGUACUUUUUACCUGUGUAUGCUAUUUUACGUAGUAUUCCAAAUAAACUUGCUGGAGUUGCAGCUAUUGGUUUGGUAUUUGUCUCUCUUUUACUCCUUCCAUUCAUCAAUACAUCAAGUAUUCGUAGUUCAAAUUUCCGACCUUUACAUAAAAAACUGUUUUGGUUAUUUGUAGCAGAUUGUUUACUUCUUGGGUGGAUUGGUUGUCAACCAGUAGAAGAUCCAUAUGUAUUAAUUGGUCAACUCGCGUCGGUAUACUUUUUCGCAUAUUUCUUAAUUUUUAUUCCAUUUUUAGGAAAAUUCGAAAAAGCAUUAUUACAUUAUGUACCACGUGAUUAA